UCACUAUCAACUACUUUGGCUAUUUCAUUUCUUAAUGAUGAGUCUAUAGCCCGUUGAGACAGGUGCAUUUUCACAUGGAGAUCUUGCGAUCGUAAGGUAAAGACACUUGACAGCGACACCAUGAGGCCACAUGGGAUGAGGGCGGGUCCAGGAGGAGUACGGGUGCGCACAACUCGGGUUUGUAGCGCGGGACUGGAGCAGCGGUGUAAACGAUCCCAGCUGCUGCCGUGAGGGAAUAGAGAGCUAUUCCCGUCCCCCGUGGGUUGAUCACGUGUCCUCGGGGAGCGUUCAGAUUGGGGACCAAGGCUCGAGAGAUUGGGAGCGCACCAUUGCGCACAGCCGAGUUGGACAGCAACAUCUUAAACACGCGUUAAUGAACGAGCGGCGAAUCAACCAGAUCAGUUUUGUUUUGGGGCGUUGUCAUAUACACUCCACAGUGGCGUGUGAUACACAGAUCCGUCAGGCACUGACACAGUGCGUGUGAUCCUUCAGUCACUGACUCGUCAAAACUUCUGUGCUUACCAACUGCGAUCUUGACUGCGAGCGUCACAUUAUUGCCAGCCACGCUACAAGUCGACAUACGGAGCUGUCACGGUGAACCGAGGUAAUUGGCCAGCUUCCGUGGGAUUUGAUGUCACCUUUAGAUUGGUUCAACUGAAGAUGGAAACACUGGAGUCUGAGCUGACCUGCCCAAUCUGCCUGGAGUUGUUUGAAGAUCCCCUGCUCUUGCCCUGUGCCCACAGCCUGUGCUUUAACUGCGCCCAUCGCAUCCUGGUGUCUCACUGCUCCACCAGCAAGCCCCUCGAGUCCAUCUCGGCCUUUCAGUGCCCCACUUGUCGUUACGUCAUCACGCUGAAUCACCGCGGCCUGGAGGGCCUUAAGCGCAAUGUGACGCUGCAGAACAUCAUUGACCGCUUUCAAAAGGCCUCCCUUAGCGGCCCCAACUCCCCCACUGAGAGCCGGCGCCUGCAGCCGCAGCGGCCCUACACCGCCACCAUUAGUGGCACAAUAGCAACGAUUGGCGGUGGUGGUGGCACAAGUGGAAGCAGCGCCCGCGGCAGCCCGGCGACUUCCAGCCACUCCCACCCGCACGCCAAUCACACCAAUCACGCCAACCACACCAACGCCAACCACAGCCCAGCUGUUGUUGCUAAAAUGGAUCCACGCAUCAGCUGCCAGUUCUGUGAGCAGGAUCCGCCACGUGAGGCUGUCAAGACGUGUGUCACGUGUGAGGUAUCGUACUGCGACCGCUGCCUGCGCGCGACACACCCUAACAAGAAGCCGUUCACCAGCCACCGCCUGGUCGAGCCGGUGCCGGACACUCACAUCCGCGGCCUGACCUGUCUGGAGCACGAGAAUGAGAAGGUCAACAUGUACUGCUUGGUGGAUGACCAGCUCAUUUGUGCCCUCUGCAAGCUGGUGGGGCGCCACAGAGAGCACCAGGUGUCCUCUCUCACUGAACGCUUUGAUAAGCUCAAGGCUUAUCAGGUGAGCCCGGGCAGAGUGUCAGAUGCGGUAAUGGAGGCUUCAAAGACAAGCGCUGCGCAAACCCUGGAAAACAACCUGACCAACCUGGUGAAGAGGAACAGUGAACUGGAGAACCAAAUGGCCAAGCUCAUCCAGAUAUGUCAACAGGUUGAGGUGAACACAGCCAUGCAUGAAGCCAAGCUGGUGGAGGAGUGUGAUGAGCUAGUGGAGAUCAUCCGCCAGAGGAAACAGGUCAUCGCUGUAAAGAUCAAAGAAUCUAAGGUGAUGAAACUGCGUAAGCUGGCUCAGCAGAUAGCGAACUGUCGCCAAUGUCUGGAGCGCUCCAGUGCCCUCAUCACACAGGCAGAACAGAGCCUGAAGGAGAACGACCACGCUCGCUUCCUCCAGACAGCCCGAAAUGUAGCAGAAAGGGUUGCCAUGGCGACGGCCUCCUCCCAGGUCCUCAUCCCUGACGUCAACCUGAAUGAGGCAUUUGACAACUUUGCCCUGGACUUUUCCAGAGAGAAGAAGAUUCUAGAGGGACUAGAUUACUUAACAGCUCCAAACCCGCCAUCCAUAAGAGACGAGCUGUGCACCGCCUCUCAUGACACCAUCACUGUUCACUGGACGUCCGAGGACGAGUUCAGCGUCACUUCCUACGAGCUGCAGUACACCAUCUACACCGGCCAGACAAAUUUUAUCAGUUUAUACAACUCGGCAGACAGCUGGAUGAUCGUACCAAACAUCAAGCAGAACCACUACACGGUGCACGGCUUGCAGAGUGGCACCCGUUAUAUCUUCUUUGUCAAGGCUAUCAACCAGGCAGGAAGCCGCAACAGUGAGCCAGCCCGCCUCAAAACCAACAGUCAACCCUUCAAGUUGGACCCAAAGACGGCUCACAAGAAGUUACGUCUGUCCAACGACUGUCUGACCAUGGAGAAGGAUGAGAGCUCACUGAAGAAGAGCCACACCCCGGAGCGUUUCAGCGGCACAGGCUCCUAUGGCGCAGCUGGUAAUGUCUUCAUUGACAGCGGGUGCCACUACUGGGAGGUGCUGCUGGGAGCGUCGACAUGGUAUGCCAUCGGCGUGGCUUACAAAUCAGCCCCGAAAAAUGAGUGGAGCGGCAAGAACUCAUCCUCAUGGGUGUUCUCGCGCUGCAACAACAACUUUAUGGUGCGCCACGAUGGCAAGGAGAUGCUGGUGGAGGCUAGCCUGCAGCUGAGGCGGCUGGGUGUCCUGUUGGACUACGACAACAACUCACUGUCCUUCUAUGAUGCCAUGAACUCCCAGCACAUUCACACCUUCGAAAUCUCCUUCCUCCUGCCCGUUGUACCCACUUUCAUGAUCUGGAACAAGUCAGUCAUGAUACUCUCAGGGCUACCCGUCCCCGACUUUGUCGAUGGUGUGGCCUCAGAUCUCCAAGAGCAGCAACAUCAGCAGAUGGGCCUGUGCAGACAAGAGUCACCAUACUUGACCGGGAUGAAGUCCUGCCACUGAGAAAGGCCAACAAAUGGCCUUGCAGAGUCCACUCAGGCCCAGUGACUGAAAGGUCUAUUGGGAGCUGAAAGACACUGACAGCUUGACUGAGUCUAACCUCUUCAUUCAAGAGUGGACCAGUUACUUUAAUAUGGAUUUAGAAAAGUGUUGGAAAUAUGCACACCCGUCUGGAAAAAUGUCAGUCACCUUAGUUUGUAGCCAUCCAAUGCUUUACAAAUCCAACAGUGAAUGGGAACAAGGUCUCUUGACUGCAAACGUCAGUAGACCUGAAAUUCGUCUGAAGCCCUAGAGUCACUAAGGGCAGGGCUGGACAUCUGGUUUUCUAGACCAUUUAAGGUCUUCCUUUUUGAUUUAUUGUCCUCCUUAUUUGAUCCUAGGCAGAAGACCAAGAAGGGAAUGGUCAGCCUUUUACAGUUUGAAGUUACAACAUGUGAACAGUGAGAUUACUUAAUGUUUCACUUAUGGUAGAUUAAAACACAAAAAAUCCAUUGAAGAAUCAGCCUACUACAGACAUUUUAAUUUUAUUUUAAAUGUCCAUAUUUCUGUCUUGCUUGAUAUGUCAAGUGAACAAAAUUUGACAAAAACUAAAUUAAAUUGGACUCAUUAUAGAUCAGAAUUAGCAGUUAAAGGAAAAGUUUCACUAUAUGGGAAAUACACUUAACAGUAUUUGCUUUCUUAGCAAGAGUUAGAUGAGAAGGUUGAUACCACUCUUGCAUCUGUAUGUUAAAUAUAAAGCUAGAGCCAGCAGGAAGGUUAGCUUAGUGUGGCAUAAAGACUGUAAGGUCUUGAGUCUGAUAGUUAAACAAAUGGGAUAUAAUGUGUAAUGGUGUGAACUUUUGAGAGCUUCACGGUGGAUUUUUACCUUUAGACAGAGCAGGACUAGCUAUUUCCCCUUGUUUCCAGUCUUUGAUCUGAGCCGCCUGCUGGCUACAGACGUGAGAGUGGUAUUGAUCUUAUCAUCUUACUCUCGCCAAGAAAGCGAAUAAGCGUAUGUCCCAAAACAUUUUUUCCUUUAAAUGUGGAUGUGUCUUCUUUGAGUCCACUUUAUUGUGUGAGCUACAUGCUAACACAAAUAUAUGCUAGCUGUGGACUUUUUGUGUUGCAUUACAACAGGGUGUAUUACAAAUCUUCUGGUGUCACUCUUCAUGUGUUGUACCCUCAGUAAUGUUUUCCUUGAUCUUCCUCCUAGAUUUGACGCAGCAGUCUUGUUUGUAUUGGCGUGUAGUUGCUUCCAGAUUUCAGGAAGCGUUUACGUUGCUCCCACAUAUAAAUAAGAUCACAGGGGGUAGGAUUUGCGUCAUGUGACUACUCGAUUUGUAUCAUAAGAGGUUUAUUGAAUAUUAGAGGAUAAGAUGUUAUUUAUGACAAAAAAGGAUGGUUUACUUUUAUUAUUAAUCUCAACAUAUUCAUGAUGCACUUUUUAAUUAACACAAUUUCCCCUCUAUGAGUAUGAAAGUAGAUGGAGCAAGGUGGCAGGGAUAUAAUGGGGAGGGAAAGUGACAGCUAGCACGACUGCUGGUUGUGUUCACUCCUCUAAAUAGCCUACAUCACCUUAUUUUCCUACUCAUAUUUAGAAGAUGAUUUAUGGUCAAUAAUGAUGGUUUGCGGAUAUUUUACUAUAGCAAAGUCUAUUGUGAAAAAAAUAAUGGUCAAACUAAUUUUUGUUUUGCUAGCACCUAAUCUAGUCACUCAGAGCACUUUGCAAUAAAACAGAGGUCCCUGCUGGUGAACUUAUGAAGUUAAAAAGGUUUUUUGACUGCUUUGAACACAACCAGUGACUUUCCCUCCCCAUGACUCUUUUCGAUAGCAUAUAGUAACUUCAUCUUGUUUUGAAAAGGGAUAUGAUUAUGAUGAUAUUCCUACGAUUUUUAUCAUGAUGAAAUGAUUAUAAACUAAUCAUCAUUCUGUUGUCAACUUUUCAGGGAAGGAGGGGGUUAACACUUUAACUUGCUGUCUGUCGCAAUGUCAUGGCAUGAUUGUGUUUUCUUCUGUGAUUUCUUAACACACACACAUGCACAUACACACACAAAGCAUCGCACACAUCAUGUUUCAUUUAGGUUGGCCUUGUCGUGAUAAAUGCAUGAAACAUUGUAUCCCACACCGGUUCACUGGGUAAUUUAAGUAGCUUUUUCAAUGUCACCAAAUCUUGCUUUUCAUCAGAUACUGACUCACCUGCACAUUUGCUUACAACAGAUUUGACCUCAAACUCUUUUUGUCACCCAUCACAAUUCAAAUAACAGCUGGAUCCAUUGUUUGGGGGGUGGGAUUUGAAGGCCUUGUGUGGGUGACAGUUUGAUAUUCAGGUAGUGACUCUGAUUCAGACAAUCAAAUAUGUAUCAUAGUUUAUGCAGAUUUUAAGAGGUUGUGUAGCAGGAAACAGGGAUUGAAGUGAAACUUCAACAGAUUGUGUUGAAACAAGCAGAUGUUUUACAUACCAUCUUGUUAGAUUCGACAUGAAAAACAUGACACUUCAUGGCCAUUUUACACAUCACCAGGUAUGCACUUAAUGUUGAAUGUCAUGUAACAUUUGUAUUGACGGACUAUGAUUUGCUAGACUUGAAAACACAGUCAUACCCUGUAAACACACACUGAUUUCUAUGAUUUGCUAGAAAACAUGAUUACUUAUUGAUGAGUUAAAGCAAAGAUCCAGUGAUGUAAAGGAAAAAUCUGACAACCCACAGCCUCCCAGUGUACCUUUCAACCUGCAGUGUUCUCAAAGGCAACUGUGUGAUGCGUCAGUCAUGAUUGUUUGAUAGAGGUAUAGAUUGCCUGAGCGCUACAGGCAACAGAAAUAAUCCACUGGUCAAAGGUAGCACAGGAGGAGUCUCCAGUAUGAAAGGAAGGUUAUUCUGUCAGGGAGAUUAGUGAAUGUUACCUGACUUCCAGAUAUCCACCCAUCUUUUUGAACAAUGUUGGUCACAGUCUUGAAACAGCCAUGUGUUGAUUUGUGAUCCAGAAUGACAAGCUCAACUCAUCUGUGCAAGUGUGCUUGGCUGGGUCACUGCAUGAUUAUGUGACCUUGCUGCAGGUUCAUAACUCCUUCCUUAUCUUCAUGAUGGGGUUUCUUAUCUUGUGUCAAACAUUUUUUUUUCUUUUUUUUUUGUUAAUGGAAAAAAAAAACGUGACACUCAGACACGAAAUGUUCAUUGACGCGCAUAUCAGAUAGUUUGCAGUGCUCUUUCUUUCUUUCUUUGUGUCACAAGUCAAUACAGUAAAAUAUAUACAGUGAAUGAUUUUCAAUAGCUACCCACUUCUUGUAGUGCAGUGUAAUACCCUAGAGACAAUGCAAUAGAUUCUCCUUUUUGCUUUUCUGUUUGUGUAACUUGGGAAGUUAUUUUUUACAGCUCAUGAGAAACACGCUCCUCUCCCUUUGGCAUUUGGACCUUGAUGAACAGCACAAAAAGAGCAGCAUUGCAUUCAAGCAAGGCUUUCUGUUUCCAUAGACAUGAGAGAUACUUUUAGCCAGAGAGGAAUGUAAAUCAUAGGGGGAAAUAUAUUAUAUAAAGUUGUAUAAUAUACAAAAUAUAUAUGAAACAAUGUUAUUUAUGUGAAUUUAAGUCCAAUUAAAAGUCUGAUCCUAAAUGUG